AGACGAGAUAAAGAGAGGAGUCGCCGAUGACGGUGGGGGAGUCGUGAGGAGGUGGUGUAAGGGGUGCCAGGUGAAGCGAUGGUCAAGGCGGUUGAAUAUAUAAAUGAGUACGCCUAUAAUAGGUUGGAAAUAUUGGAAGAUGGUGUCACAAACAGAGAGAGAGAGAGAGAGAGAGAAUGGAAGAGGAAAGAGAGAGAGAGAGUCUAAGAGCCCUGGACAGAGCGGGCCUUGGAACCAGUGGGACAUCAGUCAAGUCGUUACACACACUUUAGCUUAGACAAAUGAGUCCGUAUAUAGAACAGGGUUAAAGCGGGUGUCAGGAGUUAACCACGAUUUUCGGAAAGCCAGGCGUCGACUGGCAUUUAGUUGACUCUUAAACAGCGUUGUGUUGACACCCCAACUAUGUAAACGCCUCUGUGUGAAUGUGCGCGCGUGUUUUCCAUUCCUCACGUCCAGCCAAAAAAAAAAGUGUUUCCGAGAAUUGAUUUCUACGCUUGGACUUAGAAAGUGGACUGGAAGAAGGCUCUCUAAGGGUGAAGAUAUAGUUUAUAAAACUUUAGAGUUAAUAAAAUUUUAAAACAGAAAUUCAACCAAUUGAUUUUCUAUAAAGAUUUCACAUGAAAAUUUGACAUCGAAUGUGUCACCAUAGCAACGAAGCAAAGCGAUGAACGCCAAGCAUUAUUAAUUAAAUUAUUGAGUGAACAUUUUUAAAUUUUAUCUCUUGAAAUUAAUGGCAAGUGUGUAUUUCAUAAAAGACACUUCUAGGGUAGUCUAUUUAUAAUUAUAGCAGCCAAUCUUCUCUAUUAGCUGUCCAGCGCAAGUGAAGUGAUUUUGAUCUCCAAGCCUGUUUAGCUACUAAAGGACCCAAGGCUAAACCUCAUCUUUGAUCACUCUCUGGACUUAUAGCAAGACAGAAGGUCAAAGCAGAUAGUAAUUGAACCGAAGAGUCGACUUCGUUCUUCUAACUGCUGUGGUGAGUGUGGUCUCAUAUUCACCACACUGCACCAUUUGUGUCUUCUCUCCCUGCUCAUUUCGCUGAAAGUCUUAUUUCAAAAAGUGAAAUACCCGCCCUUAAAGGCUGUACGAAAUAUUCUUCAAGAAGCAAGGAGAUUCCUAUUCAACUUCUGACACCCUCACGGCAGUCAAAUUUUUGAAGGACUCCCUUCUGAGCUCAGCCUCUAGAGCACUUGAGAAAUUCAGAAUCAUCUCAGUUUCACCUCUUCGGGAUACCAGACACACGAGUCAAACACUGGAAUGUUUCGUAGCCGUGUCCAUUCGCAGAACGAGGGUCCAGCCCGGAGCGGUUACGUCACCAACAGAGUCAGAAGCCAGCACUAAAGAACUUCGACAAGGUCUAACGCCUAACAUAGGUAAACAAUUACCAUUGUUUGGAAAACAAAAAAAAGUAAACGAAUUGUACUGUUAUACAUAAUAUUGAAUUUAAAACAAAACAAAACUAUGUGUAUGAUGGAAAUGAAGAUUCAGUGCUAGCCUACGUGAGACGUUUGAGUUAAAUGUUUCUUGCCACGUUGUUAUAUGAGUAAAAGUCGUACCAUCAGCUCGACGUGACUCAACAAAACACUCCGCUAUUUUUCCUUUCAGGGAAAGUCAACGGACAGCCCAUGAAAUAUACCAGCCCCGACGCCAAGCCCAGCAUGUCUACCUCACCGCACAAUUUUAGCUCGGCCAAGCACCGCUACCAGCACACGUACACACACAGCAACCAGGAGAAUGACAGUCACACUGUCCUCGGGAUCAUCGCCGAGCUGGGCUCAGAGAGCAACGCCCACGGGCUGGCUAAGAUCGUAACGUCACGUGACACCAAGAGGAAGGUCAUCUGGGCUUUGCUGGUCAUCAUCGGGUUCACAGCGGCCACACUGCAGCUGUCUCUGCUGGUCAGGAAGUACCUCCAGUUUCAGGUGGUUGAGCUCUCCGAAAUCAAGGAUAGCAUGCCGGUGGAGUAUCCAUCGGUCACAGUAUGCAACAUCGAACCCAUCUCCAUCACGAAAAUCCUAAACUUACAAAACACCACCAAAGGUCAAAAAGUCAAACGAUGGCUCAAGUUUAUCAUGAUGUUUAGUUUCGAACAAAUGUCCUUUAUAGAGAGUUUCCGAGCGUUCUAUGAAAAUCUCGGCGACGAAGCCAAAAUGAUUAGCCACGAGCUUCCGGAUCUAUUGAUCCAUUGCCGAUUUAAUCGUGAAAUUUGCAAUGUGUCUAACUUUACAACGUCAUUUGACGGCAACUACUUCAACUGCUUCACUUUCAACGGUGGACAGCUGGCGGAUCAACUGCAAAUGCACGCUACUGGUCCGGAGAACGGACUAUCUCUCAUCAUGUCGGUAGAAAAGGCGUAUCCCAUGCCUCGUUUUUAUGGAGUAUAUAAUUUCGACAAUAACAUUCUGCACAGCGCAGGGAUAAGGGUGGUCGUCCACGCUCCUGGCUCCAUGCCCAGCCCCGUGGACCACGGGAUAGACAUCCCUCCAGGAUACUCAUCGUCCGUGGGGCUAAAAGCGCUGCUGCACAGCAGACUUCCAGCGCCUUAUGGGAAUUGCACUGUUGGUUCCCUCCAGGGCAUGAGGACGUACCGGAACACGUUCUUCGCCUGCCUUCAGCUGUGCAAGCAGCGGCUCAUCAUGUCCAGGUGCGGCUGCAAGUCGUCGGCCUUGCCGGACUUGCCUACGGAGAACGUCACCUUCUGCGGAGUGAUUCGCAACUGGGAGGACAUCGUGAAAAACGUCUCUGGCAAAGUGGUGCCUGGGAUGUUCAUCCCGACUCCGGCCUUGGAGUGCGAGGAGAGGAUGCAGCGUGAGCUCAACAAUGACCGAGCCUAUGAGAUGAACUGUCAGUGUUUUCAGCCUUGCAGUGAAACGUCCUACCUCAAGUCAGUGUCCUUGUCCUACUGGCCCUUAGAGUUUUAUCAGCAGCUACAAUUAGAGAACAUUCUAAGGAGCAGAAACAACACCGACAAGCAGCACUAUAUGAAGAAGGCCUAUGACAUUCUGCACAACCUCUCUGAGGAAGACCGGAUGCACGUGAUAGAGAAAGGAGUGGAAAUCGUGCCAGCCUUGAUGAGACGGCAGAAGUCGUUGGCGAAUGAUGCUUCUGACAUGGUGCGCCAAAACCUUAUCAGGCUGAACAUAUACUUGGAGGAUCUGAGUGUUGUUGAAUAUCGACAACUGCCCGCUUACGGACUGGCCGACCUGUUCGCAGACAUAGGCGGCACCCUAGGCCUGUGGAUGGGUAUCUCCGUGCUGACCAUCAUGGAGCUGGUGGAGCUGAUCAUACGUCUGAUCGGACUCAUGUUCAACGUGGAGAGAAAGGAGCCGCGCGCUGCGCCGGUGCCUCAGAGGGAGAGGUUCGUACCUCGCAGAAAGAGCGUAAGCCAUCAACCGACCUCCAACGGGGACGCCAAAGACGUGACCUACUACCCGGACACUUACGGGCCGUCCGAGUUCGACUUCAGACGAACGGCCGAGGCUCCCGUAUGAUCGUUAGACCCUCUUCUUUCACUAGGUGGCCAACGAAGACAAAAUGACAACAGCAAAGAGUGUCAUUCACAGGCUGCUAUGUUUGUCAACACUUGGGGAGAGAUGGUUUCUUUCCCUAUAGGUUCAACAAGAUGUCAGUAAUUCAAAACUAGAAAAGCAUGCACUAAUGAUUGGCGCUGAAGACACAAUGGCGUAAUGGCUAUGUUUCAAACAACCUUGCAAGAUUUCCUAACAAUACCAGUCAGGGGAGAUCAGUUCACAGCAAAGGCAAAUCUUGCUCUGGGCAAUACUCUUCGUCUGAUAAAUGUACGAUGAUGAAGUAGGCCAGCAGGUCAGGGGGAGACAAGGCUAAAAUUGUUGAAUGGAGAACGAGCUGCGUGUUUGAAGGAGAAAAAAAAAGAGGCAGUAUAAACUAGUCUCACUGCACUAUUGACUUCCAUUCGACAGGUGCACGUUGUCAUUUCAUUUUGACGUUCAUCCCAUAAUUCACACUGGAGGAUAUAUUUUAUGUUCGAUACACUUCAAUUCUCUUUUUAUGUUCCUGGAUAACAAACUAUAAACAAGAAAGCGCAGGUUGAUUUGAUUUGAGCAACUGGGCUAAGAAAUCAACAUAACUCUGUAUAUACACUAAGCCUAUUAGGACGGAGUCCACCUUACGAGGGGCAACCGUGGAAAUGGAUGUUUCCUAUUUAUUUCAUUCCGUGAACUGAGAAUAUAGAAUGUGUUUUAGAUAUAAGUGUAGGUAAUGUUUCAAUCUGUCUGUGUAAAUAUUUUUUUAUUAUACAAGCUUCCAUGCCUCAUAUUUAUAUUUCUAAUCACGUUGUUGACAAAUAUAUAAAAUACAAACACAUACUUCAAUUAUUUACUUUCUCGUCUCGUAUGUUUUGGUGUUGGGUUUUUGUGUAAAAUUUAAAAUUUGUACAAAACUUUCCAUGGUAUAUAAUGAGCAGAGAAACUGUCAGCAUUUCAUGUCUGUGUUCGCUAUUUCACUUUUCAUGUACAUAGUGUUGGACAAGCCUUUUAACUUGUGUCUCUGGGUGAUAUCACUUGAUAAAGCUUGCAUGCUUUAAUGUUCCUUUAUGGGGUUACAACAUUCACUUUUAAACAAUGCAAUCCAAAGCCUGUUUAAUGUAUUCUAUUGACUGCAAAGUCCUUAUUUUAUGACUUCCAACUAGGUUUUUUUUUUUUUUUUUGUUGUUUUUUUUUUUUUGGAACUGGAGACAUGUUCAUUAGUUAAAGAUUUCUUCUUUUUUUUUUUUGUAACUAUUUACUGAGACUUCUCAAAGUGUCUAUAAAGUAUGAAGUAGAUCGAAUUCUUUGUUUCAACGAGCUUAAUGUGGAAUUCAAGCCCAGGGGAUUUGGUGGAGAUUGAAACAAAAUUAAAUCUGUUCUAGAUUUUCUGAACAGCUAAGUGGCGAAGACCUGGUGGUCGACACUUUUGAUUCUGUUCAGUUGAAUGUUGAUGUACAUAGUUUAGUGUUUACAGUUCUAGUCACGUAUUCAACAAAACUAUAAUGAAAUAAUGAAGGUACGGAUAAACAGUGCAAAGAAAGAAAGUGUUUUCGCUAUAACGAAAUUAAGCUAUUAUAUUCUUUAUUUUGCCAUGGACCAGUCCCUUUUUUUCCUAACUUAAAAUAGUAAUAGAAAGGCCCACAAGUAAACGCUCCCCCAUAUAUUUCUUUCGCCCGCAAAGUCUAGUUUAUAAUUUAUAUACAUUGAAUUGGACCGGCCUGUGAAGUAUCACUACCCCCCACCCGGCAAGUCUCCCAUUAAUAAAUAGCCUUUGUGUAAUUUAUUAAAUUAUUGAAAAGACUCUAUGUCAGUCUGUGAUAUUUAUUAACCGGGACUCUUUUUUUUUAAAUCUUAUUACACCCUGCAAAGCGUAACAUAAUAUUUUGUCAGGAACCCCCAAACCCCCUUUUUUUUUGGGGGGAACGGCCCGCUUUAAAGCUUUCCCACAAACAUACUAACUUCAGGCCUCUAAAUUCUAAUAUCCCUUUUACUCCCCCCCCCCCAAAAAAAAAAUUUGUUUUUUUUCUAUCUGUAGAUAAUAGUGGUGAACUUAGGAUAAGUAAAGUAGCUCUAGCACAAAAGUAAAAAACAAGAAAAACAUUUCUAAAAAAAUACUUUAAAAAGAAAAGAAAAGCAUAGUUGUAUCAAUUUGGAUCAGUCAUAAAAAUAAAUUUGUAACAGAUCUAGUCUAACAAUAAUAAAUCUGUGCGAUAACAAACAUUUCUUUACCAAUUUUUAAAUUUUUUUUUAGCACAAUUGCAUGCUUUUAGCUUUCUCAAUACACUAUGAAUCAAUCACUUGUCUGGGCCAGUUCGAAAGAGGCGGGGGAAAGGGGUGUCUGGGUGGUCGCUUUUUAAACGCAUUUAUAAAUAAAAAGGUGAACGACCUGAAUUUGAACUCGAGUUGAAGCCUCCUCAAGCCAAUGCACUAAUCAAUGUUUCAGGUAAAUGCUUUUGAAAAUAGGUUUUAGAGUUUUAUAGUUAUCUAUUGUUAGUUUUAAACUUUUCUCUCUACAAAGCAUAACUUAUACCGCCUUAUCAAUCAAUUACUAUUUCUUUCCCUUGUUCAAGAUACUUACUAAAAUAAUUAAUUACCAAUAGUUAAUUGACUGAUUGGCAAAUUUUUGUUUAUUGAUUCUUUUGCUGUCAGGUAAAAGGAAUAAUUGUGCAAAAAUUUCAGCUUCAUCCGACAUUGGGAGUGGGAGAAAUACCGUGUACUAAUUUUUUUAACAGACAGAGAGAGUUGAAAUAAGUUUUGUAAAAAAUGCCUAUCUCUAUACAAUAUGAUAGCUCUAUUUAUAAUACUUUGGUCGGACACCCUCCCUCCUUUUUUUGUGUGUGUGGGUGGAAAGCCCGCUUUAAGACGCCCUCACAGACACUCACUUCUGGCCUGAGAGUUAUGGUACCUUUUUUCUUCCCCCUCCUCCCACCCGCUCAGCACCCAUACUUACAAUCGCUGACUUUACUUCUGCUUCUUAGUUCAAUAUUAUAAGAUAAAUCUCUCUCACUCAAAAGAUUUUAUAUCUGGAAUAGGGAACUUCAGCGCACAAAACAAUAUAGUUAUAUCUACAUUUCAUUUUGAUUUUUAAAAACUUUCUAAACACAAAAUGACGUAUUAAUUUUAUGUUGGCUUUAUAACAUAGAAGCUGUCCCAGUUUUGACUGAAUAAAAAAAUAAGCAAGUGGGUGAUGAGACAGACAGUCAGUCAGUGUGUGUGUCAUAUUGCGUUUGAAGUAUGUACCCCCCUUGCAACUUCUCAUGUGACUAAACAGGUCAAUCCUUAAUGCAUAACUGCGGUCACAGGUUGGGCAUCUGUAAUCACCAGAUAUAGAUGUAUAUAGUUAAACUUGGGCUAGAUAUAUUUGUAUCGAACUUUCAUGGCAGUGACCGAUAAAAGUAAAAAAAACAACAGGGAAAUAAAACUAAAACCCAUCAAGUUAAUAGUUUUGAAUUUUCUCGGUUAAUUGAAAAGCAGAACUAUAUAGAAGUUGAUUUUUUUAUAUCAUUCCAAUACUAUACUUUCAUGUUUAUUUAUUUCUAGAUUUUUAAAUGCUGUUCAAAAUGAUGGAUCAUUUUUUACCUAGUAUCUUUGAUUAUUUUUUUUUUAUUUUAGAAAAAAAAAAAAGAAAAAAAAAAGCGAAAUCAAAAUAUAAUUUUAAUUGUGUAAUUAAUAUUACAGAAGAUGUACUAAAUAUAGUCGGUGUUUGUAUUCUUGCAGUCUUCGUUGAUUGUUUCUACGUGUGUUUGUGUUUGUUUCAUUUUCCUUCUUUUGUUUGCUGCUAAACUAAAAUUGUGUUCCACUUGUUGCUAGAGACAUUUCUUGUUACAGAAAAGAACGAAAUAAAACUGCAAAAA